AUGAGUAACUCCUGUUGGAGAAUAGGUGCCGGUGUGAUCAGUCCUACAAAGAAUGAUGGCACGACAUGGUAUAAAGAUCUUGGCCUUCACGCCUAUGGGGAGUUUUCCAUGGCAAUGAUCCAAGCCAACAGUGUUAUGGAGGAUCAGUGCCAGAUCGAAUCAGGACCAUUAACAUUCAACAAUCCGUCAGUUCAAGGCACGUUCGUUGGAGUUUACGAUGGUCAUGGAGGUCCAGAGGCUUCCAGAUUCAUUGCAGACAACCUCUUCCCCAAUGUAAAGAAGUUUGCCUCUGAGGGUAGAGAGGUUUCCGAGGAGGUGAUCAGGAACGCAUUUGCAGAGACAGAGGAAGAUUUUCUCAUGGCGGUGAAGAAGCAAUGGCGUAAGAACCCAAAGAUGGCAUCAGUGGGGUCAUGUUGCUUGGCAGGGGUGAUAUGCAACGGGCUGGUGUAUAUUGCAAACGCAGGAGACUCAAGGGCUGUGUUGGGAAGAUCUGAGAGAGGUGGAGUGAGAGCUGUCCAGUUGUCAGUAGAGCACAAUGCCAAUGUAGAGUCCGCAAGGCAAGAGGUAUGGUCAAUGCAUCCUAAUGACCCCAACAUUCUUGUGAUAAAGCACCGGAUGUGGCGUGUGAAAGGCAUCAUCCAGGUCACAAAGUCCAUAGGUGAUGCAUACUUAAAAAGAGCAGAGUUCAACAGAGAGCCAUUGCUGCCCAAAUACAGAGUAGCAGAACAUUUCACCAAGCCAAUACUUAGUGCGGAUCCAUCGGUCACGGUUACUAGGCUUAGACCAGAAGAUGAGUUUAUGAUUCUUGCUUCAGAUGGGCUUUGGGAGCAUCUAAGCAACCAGGAAGCUGUUGAUAUUGUACAUAGUUCCCCCCGCCAAGGAAUAGCAAGGAGACUACUCAAAGCUGCACUAAAGGAAGCAGCAAAGAAAAGAGAGAUGAGAUACUCAGACCUGCAGGAGAUCAAUCCUGGUGUUAGAAGGCAUUUCCAUGACGAUAUAACCGUUGUUGUGGUCUAUAUCGAUCCCCAAAUGGUUCAAGCCAAUGGUUGGGCUUCUCCACUUUCAGUAAGAGGUGGCUACCCAAUGCAUUGAGGACAAAAAAAGUCCGGAACCAGGAGCACGAACAAGUAGUAUAGCUACAACAAUAUCUUUAAUUCAGAGGUCUUUGAUAUGUUCUUUUUAUAAAAACAUAUGUUCCAAUGUACCCCUGUAUGCAAAUUAUACACGAGGGUACUUGCAAUGUAACCUCAUCAUCAAUGACAAUGGUUCAAC